AUGCUCUCAUUCCCUCUCGCCCACUCUCAUACGCUCUCAUUCCCUCUCGCCCACUCUCAUACGCUCCCAUUCCCUCUCACCCACUCUCAUACGCUCUCAUUCCCUCUCACCCACACUCAUACGCUCUCAUUCCCUCUCACCCACUCACAAACGCUCUUAUUGCCUCUAACCCACUCUCAUACGCUUUCAUUCCCUCUCACCCACUCUCUUACGCUCUCAUUCCCUCUCACCCACUCUCAUACACUCUCAUUCCCUCUAUCCCACUCUCAUACGCUCUCAUUCCCUCUCACCCACUCUCAUAUUCUCUCAUUCCCUCUCGCCCACUCUCAUACGCUCUCAUUCCCUCUCGCCCACUCUCAUACGCUCUCAUUCCCUCUCACCCACUCUGAUACGCUCUCAUUCCCUCUCACCCACUCUCAUACGCUCUCAUUCCCUCUCACCCACACUCAAACGCUCUCAUUCCCUCUCACCCACUCUCAUACGCUCUCAUUCCCUCUCAUCCACUCUCUUACGCUCUCAUUCCCUCUCACUUACACUCAUACGCUCUCAUUCCCUCUCACCCACUCUCAUACGCUCUCAUUCCCUCUCACCCACUCUCAUACGCUCUCAUUCCCUCUCACCCACUCUCAUACGCUCUCAUUCCCUCUCACCCACUCUCAUACGCUCUCAUUCCCUCUCACCCACUUUCAUACGCUCUCAUUCCUCUCACCCACUCUCAUACGCUCUCAUUCCCUCUCACCCACUCCCAUACGCUCUCAUUCCCUCUCACCCACUCUCAUACGCUCUCAUUCCCUCUCACCCACUCUCAUACGCUCUCACUUCCUCUCACCCACUCUCAUACCCUCUCAUUCCCUCUCACCCACUCUCAUACACUCUCAUUCCCUCUCACCCACUCUCAUACGCUCUCAUUCCCUCUCACCCACUCUCAUACGCUCUCAAUCCCUCUCACCCACUCUCAUACGCUCUCAUUCCCUCUCAACCACACUCAUACACUCUCAUUCCCUCUCACCCACUCUCAUACGCUCUAAUUCCCUCUCAUCCACUCUCUUACGCUCUCAUUCCCUCUCACCCACUCUCAUACGCUCUCAUUCCCUCCCACGCACUCUCAUACGCUCUCAUUCCCUCUCACCCACUCUCAUACGCUCUCAUUCCCUCACACCCACUCUCAUACGCUCUCAUUCCCUCUCACCCACUCUCAUACGCUCUCAUUCCCUCUCACCCACUCUCUUACACUCUCAUUCCCUCUCACCCACUCUCAUACGCUCUCAUUCCCACUCGCCCACUCUCAUACGCUCUCAUUCCCUCUCACCCACUCUCAUACGCUCUCAUUCCCUCCCACCCACACUCAUACGCUCUCAUUCCCUCUCACCCACUCUCAUACGCUCUCAUUCCCUCUCACCCACUCUCAUACGCUCUCAUUCCCUCUUGUCCACUCUCAUACGCUCUCAUUCCCUCUCACCCACUCUCAUACGCUCUCAUUCCCUCUCACCCACUCUCAUACGCUCUAAUUCCCUCUCACCCACUCUCAUACGCUCUCAUUCCCUCUCACCCACACUCAUACACUCUCAUUCCCUCUCACCCACUCUCAUACCCUCUCAUUCCCUCUCACCCACUCUCUUACGCUCUCAUUCCCUCUCACCCACUCUCAUACGCUCUCAUUCCCUCUCACCCACUCUCAUACGCUCUCAUUCCCUCUCACCCACUCUCAUACGCUCUCAUUCCCUCUCACCCACUCCCAUACGCUCUCAUUCCCUCUCACCCACUCUCAUACGCUCUCAUUCCCUCUCACCCACUCUCAUACGCUCUCACUUCCUCUCACCCACUCUCAUGCCCUCUCAUUCCCUCUCACCCACUCUCAUACACUCUCAUUCCCUCUCACCCACUCUCAUACGCUCUCAUUCCCUCUCACCCACUCUCAUACGCUCUCAAUCCCUCUCACCCACUCUCAUACGCUCUCAUUCCCUCUCAACCACACUCAUACACUCUCAUUCCCUCUCACCCACUCUCAUACGCUCUAAUUCCCUCUCAUCCACUCUCUUACGCUCUCAUUCCCUCUCACCCACUCUCAUACGCUCUCAUUCCCUCCCACGCACUCUCAUACGCUCUCAUUCCCUCUCACCCACUCUCAUACGCUCUCAUUCCCUCACACCCACUCUCAUACGCUCUCAUUCCCUCUCACCCACUCUCAUACGCUCUCAUUCCCUCUCACCCACUCUCUUACGCUCUCAUUCCCUCUCACCCACUCUCAUACGCUCUCAUUCCCUCUCGCCCACUCUCAUACGCUCUCAUUCCCUCUCACCCACUCUCAUACGCUCUCAUUCCCUCCCACCCACACUCAUACGCUCUCAUUCCCUCUCACCCACUCUCAUACGCUCUCAUUCCCUCUCACCCACUCUCAUACGCUCUCAUUCCCUCUUACGCUCUCAUUCCCUCUCACCCACUCUCAUACGCUCUCAUUCCCUCUCACCCACUCUCAUACGCUCUCAUUCCCUCUCACCCACUCUCAUACGCUCUCAUUCCCUCUCACCCACUCCCAUACGCUCUCAUUCCCUCUCACCCACUCUCAUACGCUCUCAUUCCCUCUCACGCACUCUCAUACGCUCUCACUUCCUCUCACCCACUCUCAUGCCCUCUCAUUCCCUCUCACCCACUCUCAUACGCUCUCAUUCCCUCUCACCCACUCUCAUACGCUCUUAUUCCCUCUUGCCCACUCUCAUACGCUCUCAUUCCCUCUCACCCACUCUCAUACGCUCUCAUUCCCUCUCACCCACUCUCAUACGCUCUCAUUCCCUUUCACCCACUCUCAUACGCUCUCAUUCCCUCUCACCCAAUCUCAUAUGCUCUCAUUCCAUCUCACCCACUCUUCUACGCUCUCAUUCCCUCUCACCCACUCUCAUACGCUCUCAUUCCCUCUCACCCACUCUCAUACGCUCUCAAUCCCUCUCACACACUCUCAUACGCUCUCAUUCCCUCUCACCCACACUCAUACACACUCAUUCCCUCUCACCCACUCUCAUACCCUCUCAUUCCCUCUCAUCCACUCUCUUACGCUCUCAUUCCCCUCUCACCCACUCUCAUACGCCCUCAUUCCCUCCCACCCACACUCAUACGCUCUCAUUCCCUCUCACCCACUCUCAUACCCUCUCAUUCCCACUCACCCACUUUCUUACGCUCUCAUUCCCUCUCACCCACUCCCAUACCCUCUCAUUCCCUCCUCACCCACUCUCUUACGCUCUCAUUCCCUCUCACCCACUCUCAUACACUCUCAUUCCCUCAAACCCACUCUCAUACGCUCUCAUUCCCUCUCACCCACUCUCAUACGCUCUCAUUCCCUCUCGCCCACUCUUAUACGCUCUCAUUCCCUCUUACCCACUCUCAUACGCUCUCAAUUCCUCUCACCCACUCUCAUACCCUCUCAUUCCCUCUCACCCACGCUCAUACGCUCUCAUUCCCUCUCACCCACUCUCAUACGCUCUUAUUCCCUCUCACCCACUCUCAUACGCUCUCAUUCCCUCUCACCCACUCUCAUACGCUCUCAUUCCCUCUCACCCACUCUCAUACGCUCUCAUUCCCUCUCACCCCUCUCAUACGCUCUCAUUCCAUCUCACCCACUCUUCUACGCUCUCAUUCCCUCUCACCCACUCUCAUACGCUCUCAUUCCCUCUCACCCACUCUCAUACGCUCUCAUUCCCUCUCACACACUCUCAUACGCUCUCAUUCCCUCUCACCCACACUCAUACACACUCAUUCCCUCUCACCCACUCUCAUACCCUCUCAUUCCCUCUCAUCCACUCUCUUACGCUCUCAUUCCCUCUCACCCACUCUCAUACGCUCUCAUUCCCUCCCACCCACACUCAUACGCUUUCAUUCCCUCUCACCCACUCUCAUACCCUCUCAUUCCCACUCACCCACUUUCUUACGCUCUCAUUCCCUCUCAUUCCCUCUCAUACCCUGUCAUUCCCUCUCACCCACUCUCUUACGCUCUCAUUCCCUCUCACCCACUCUCAUACACUCUCAAUCCCUCUCACCCACUCUCAUACGCUCUCAUUCCCUCUCAACCACUCUCAUACACUCUCAUUCCCUCUCACCUACUCUCAUACCCUCUCAUUCCCUCUCAUCCACUCUCUUACGCUCUCAUUCCCUCUCACCCACUCUCAUACGCUCUCAUUCCCUCCCACCCACUCUCAUACGCUCUCAUUCCCUCUCACCCACUCUCAUACGCUGUCAUUCCCUCUCACCCCACUCUCUUACGCUCUCAUUCCUUCUCACCCACUCUCAUACACUCUCAUUCCCUCUAACCCACUCUCAUACACUCUCAUUCCCUCUCACCCACUCUCAUACGCUCUCAUUCCCUCUCGCCCACUCUCAUACGCUCUCAUUCCCUCUCACCCACUCUCAUACGCUCUCAUUCCCUCCCACCCACACUCAUACGCUCUCAUUCCCUCUCACCCACUCUCAUACGCUCUCAUUCCCUCUCACCCACUCUCAUACACUCUCAUUCCCUCUUGCCCACUCUCAUACGCUCUCAUUCCCUCUCACCCACUCUCAUACGCUCUCAUUCCCUCUCACCCACUCUCAUACGCUCUAAUUCCCUCUCACCCACUCUCAAACGCUCUCAUUCCCUCUCACCCACACUCAUACGCUCUCAUUCCCUCUCACCCACUCUCAUACGCUCUAAUUCCCUCUCACCCACUCUCAUACGCUCUCAUUCCCUCUCGCCCACUCUCAUACGCUCUCAUUCCCUCUCACCCACUCUCAUACGCUCUCAUUCCCUCCCACCCACACUCAUACGCUCUCAUUCCCUCUCACCCACUCUCAUACGCUCUCAUUCCCUCUCACCCACUCUCAUACGCUCUCAUUCCCUCUUGCCCACUCUCAUACGCUCUCAUUCCCUCUCACCCACUCUCAUACGCUCUCAUUCCCUCUCACCCACUCUCAUACGCUCUAAUUCCCUCUCACCCACUCUCAAACGCUCUCAUUCCCUCUCACCCACACUCAUACACUCUCAUUCCCUCUCACCCACUCUCAUACCCUCUCAUUCCCUCUCACCCACUCUCUUACGCUCUCAUUCCCUCUCACCCACUCUCAUACGCUCUCAUUCCCUCUCACCCACUCUCAUACGCUCUCAUUCCCUCUCACCCACACUCAUACGCUCUCAUUCCCUCUCACCCACUCUCAUACGCUCUCAUUCCCUCCCACCCACACUCAUACGCUCUCAUUCCCUCUCACCCACUCUCAUACGCUCUCAUUCCCUCUCACCCACUCUCAUACACUCUCAUUCCCUCUAACCCACUCUCACACGCUCUCAUUCCCUCUCACCCACUCUCAUGUUAUAGACUAAGGAUCGAGUCUGUGAAGAUUAGGAGCCUAAAUUUCUCAAAAUCGUUGGCUUGA